CCACCAGAAGUACUAAGAAACAUUAGUCGACAGCGAAUGUGGUAUCUUCCGUUAGGUGUCGUAACGAAUCCCAAGAAACCGAACAAGAUCAGAAUGGUGUGGGAUGCUGCUGCGAAGGCUGGCGGAGUGUCGUUUAAUGACAUGCUACUGAAGGGUCCGGAUCUCCUCGUAUCUUUGGUGGAAGUCUUGUUACGAUUCCGGGAAGGGAAGAUUGCGGUGUGCUCUGACAUUCGCGAAAUGUUCCUGAGGAUCCUCAUUCGAGAGGAAGAUAAAUGGUCACAGUGCUUUCUAUGGAGAGACAGUCCAGACGCUGAAAUCCAGGUUUACGUGAUCAACGUUGCGAUGUUUGGUGCAACCAGUUCGCCGUGUACGGCGCAGUUUGUUAAGAACAGAAAUGCCUCCGACUACCUGGAAUUAUAUCCUCGAGCAGUAGAGGCGAUCAUCAAAAACCACUACGUGGAUGAUUUUCUAGAUAGUGUCAAUUCGGUGGAAGAAGCUGUGCAGCUUGUCAAACAAGUGCAGUUGGUCCAUGCAGCCGCAGGCUUCGAGUUUGGAAAAAUUUCAUCCAAUUCGCAGAAGGUGCUUGAUCUUCUAGGGGAGACUGGAUCGCCAACCAACAAGUUGCUCAACCUAGAAAAGGAUAGAGUCUAUGAGCGUAUCUUAGGAGUUGUGUGGGUUCCUGCAGUGGAUCACUUCACCUUCGAACAGACAGGGUUGGAUGGAAUCAUGGGUGAAAAUAGAGCAGUUCCAACAAAGAGACAAGUUCUACGUACCGUGAUGAAAUUGUACGAUCCAUUAGGCUUCGUGGCACACUUUGUGGUGCAGGGCAAAAUACUUAUGCAGGAGAUCUGGCGAACGGGUACCAACUGGGACGAGCCCAUUGCACAACAACUACAUGAUCUAUGGAGUAGAUGGAUUGCACUGUAUGCGGCUAUCAACGAAGUGAAAAUUCCUCGUUGCUUCUUCGGAAAUCUUCGACCACAGGAGGUUGACGAAGUUGAAAUCCACGUCUUCACGGAUGCAAGCGUAGUGGCAUGUGCGUGCGUAGCUUAUCUUAGAAUAUCGUCCACCAGGGGGAACUUGUGUUCGUUGGUAGCAGCAAAAACAAAGGUGUCACCACUUCGAACGCUCUCAAUACCUCGUUUGGAGCUUCAAGCUGCCAUGAUGGGAUCACGUUUGUUGCAAAAUGUUUGUUCAGCACUCACCCUUGAUAUUCGGAAGCGCUUUCUGUGGACGGACUCGGCAACAGGGCAACAGUUCUGGCAUGGCUUCGCUCGGAUAGUCGCCGAUAUCACCAGUUUGUUUCAUUUCGGGUAGGGGAGAUUCUUUCGCUCACCAGCGUGGAUGAAUGGUACUAUGUACCAUCGAAGUACAACGUGGCAGACGAUGCCACUAAGUGGAAUUCGGGACCAUCGUUUGAUCCAGGAAGCCGUUGGUUCGAAGGUCCACAAUUUUUACGAGAACCGAAAGAAAUGUGGCCUAGGCAGUCAGUAGUUGUGAAUGGAGCGGAUGCAGCAAGCGAAGAACUUCGAGUGGUAGCGGUACACCAAACAACUGAAGAAAUCAUCAACGUCGAACGCUUUUCAAAGUGGAAUCGCUUAGUCCGAACUUUGGCUUAUGUUUACCUGGCCGUGAGAAUCUGGAGAAGAACCCUCGGCGAAAGAGAUGCACGGCACGUUCUGAAUCAGGAUGAUUUUGUGAAGGCAAAAGACACGCUUUGGCGCCAGGCACAGGCACAGGGUUAUUCGGAGGAGUUUCAUAGGCUGAAAAGCGAACGCGGCAUUGAAAAGGGAAGUCCGUUGCAGUCGUUGGCUCCAUUUUUGGAUGAACGCGGAGUCAUUCGGGUAGGAGGUCGAAUCGGGAACGCCCCGACCAUCCCCUUCGCAGUGAAAUAUCCCAUAGUACUACCUAGAGAACAUCGUAUCACCUUGCUUUUGGGUAAUUCUUUCCACGAACGGUUCCUGCAUGCCAACGGGGAAGCAGUCUGCAAUGAAAUAAGACAGAAGUGUUAUAUACCAAAACUUCGAGUUCUCGUACGGAAAGUCAGCCGAAGUUGUCAGCACUGCAAGGUGAAAAAAGCGACUCCCGUUCCUCCGCUGAUGGGCCCGCUACCGAAGGUACGUCUAACACCAUUCAUCCGACCGUUUACUUACGUUGGUGUUGAUUACAUGGGUCCGUUCGAAGUCAAAGUCGGCCGCAGUGUUGUGAAAAGGUGGAUUUGCUUAUUCACCUGCCUCACAAUACGGGCUAUUCAUCUGGAGUUGGCCCACAGUCUCUCAUCAAACGCGUGCGUGAUGGCUUUCCGGAGAUUUGUUGCCAGACGUGGUGCUCCACUAGAAGUGUUCUCCGACAAUGGCACGAAUUUUGUGGGAGCCAAUCGUCAGUUGUCAGAGGAGAAGCAGAAAAUACAAAACAUCGUUGAGGACUGUGCCGCCACAUUCACCAACGCGAAUACCCAGUGGCACUUCAACGUUCCAGCAGCUCCACACAUGGGAGGACCGUGGGAGCGUAUGGUCAAGUCCGUGAAAGUGGCGAUGAAAGCAAUAUCGGGAAGUCCACGACAUCCAAGUGAUGAGGUGUUGGAAACGAUAAUGUUGGAGGCUGAAGCGAUUAUUAACUCGCGACCGUUGACCUACGUUCCCCUGGAUAUGGAAGACGAUGAGGCACUCACGCCAAAUCACUUUUUGCUGUGUGGAUCAACCGGCAUCAAGCAACCAGUCGCCAAUCCUGUGAGUGGAAACAUCCUUCGUGACAGCUGGAAGCUGGCGCAGCAUAUUGUGGAUGACUUUUGGCGUAGAUGGGUACGGGAGUAUCUCCCAAUGUUGACACGACGCACGCAGUGGUUCGAAGCCGUGAAGCCGAUGAAACCUGGCGAUCUGGUCGUGAUAGUCGACGAAAACACGAGGAAUAGCUGGGAGCGAGGACGCGUACUGGAAACCUUUCCAGACAAAUCUGGGCAGGUGAGACGGGCUACCGUUCAGACAGCUAGAGGAGUCUUCGCCAGACCUGCGGUUAAAUUAGCGGUUCUAGAUGUAGAAGGUAACUACAAGAAGUCGGACGUAUAUGAUUCGGGAACGGAAAUGGUUCACGGGGCGGGGGAUGUCGCCGAUACCCCUCGUUGCGGCGAAAAGGUGGUGAACCGAUUAGCCGAACCCUCACGAGCGAAACGACAUUGUCGGGCGAAGUGAACGGUAUGACGUAUAGAUGUAAACAACAAAAACAAUUGCACCAGUGAAUUAGCGUUUGCAUCAAGUUCUUUGAGUAAAAUUAAACAAGUGGAAAAAGUAUUUAUAUCGGAGUUAAAAGAGUAGAUAGAUAUUUAGAAUUUGUGAGUAAAUAUUGUAGUGUAGUGCUACGUAGUAAGUGGAAAAUUACUGAAUUCGAGAUCAAUCUGGAAUCGUCCAUCCAGGAUUAAACGAACCUGUAAAAAGAACAGAAGAAAACUGAAAUCUUUGAAGCUGCUAAGUCAGCUGCUACGAA